AGAAAUGAAAAAAGAUAUGAUGAAGAUCAGAGGGUUUGAUUUAUUAGAAACUACGCCACAAUAUCACAGUGAAAGUGCAUAGGGUUGGAAACUUUCAUGCAUGCAAAGGAGAACCAUCGAGGGGUAUGAAGAUGCGGCGUAGAGUAAAACAUCGCCAAUAAGUAUAAAACUAGGAGGACAAGCAACUCUCCUCUUGCCAAAUUUAUUAGAUAAAAAAAAUUCCUAGAAAAUUUGUAAAAUAUACAAAAUAAAAAUAGAAAAGAAAAUCAAUCUGUAUUUCGCUAUAUAUAUUCCUCACAGGAAUCUUUGCAAAGCUUCCAUUUUUCUCUUUCUCCAUAAAGUUUUAUUUUUCCUAUUUUUUAUUGGUUGAAUGUAAAUUUGUACAAUUACUAAAUUUGAAUUCUGGGUUGCAAAGAAAAAAAUGGAUUAGAUUUUUUUGUAAGAAAGGACACAAUUGACAAGAGAACAUAUUAUUUGAAGGGGGCAAGGAAAAUAGAAGAGAAGAAAGGGGAUGAAAUUAACCUCCUCUAUUCUUAUUCUUAUCAAGCCUCCUCACAGAUCAUAGAUUUUUGCAAGUUUUGGCACUUGAGUUUCAUUUGAUUGAUUCCUGGUGAAGUUAAAUUCUGGAUUGGUCGAUUGAUUGAUCGUGGAAGGAUCUGUUUGUUUCUAAAUUUUGAAUCAGAGAGAAAAUUUUCAUUCAGAAAAUUUUCAUUCUGUGUCGAAUUACACUUUUUGUUGUUAAAAUAAAAGAAAACGAUGUCUGGGAAUGGUAAGCUAUUUAUUGGUGGGAUAUCUUGGGACACCAAUGAAGAGCGUCUCAAGGAGUAUUUCAGUACCUUUGGUGAGGUGGUCGAGGCAGUGAUCAUGAAGGAUCGGACCACAGGGCGUGCCCGUGGUUUUGGUUUCGUUGUUUUCUCUGACCCAGCUGUUGCUGAGAGAGUUAUAUUGGAGAAACACAACAUCGAUGGUAGGAUGGUGGAAGCAAAAAAGGCAGUUCCUAGGGAUGACCAGAACAUUAUGAGUAGAAGCACCAGUAGCACCCAUGGUUCACCUGGCCCAGGUCGCACAAAAAAGAUUUUUGUUGGUGGUUUAGCAUCUACAGUCACAGAGAGCGACUUUAAGAAGUACUUUGAUCAGUUUGGAAAUAUCACAGAUGUUGUAGUGAUGUAUGAUCACAACACCCAAAGGCCUAGGGGUUUUGGAUUCAUCACUUAUGAUUUAGAGGAGGCGGUGGAGAAAGUGUUGCUAAAAAAUUUCCAUGAACUGAAUGGUAAAAUGGUUGAGGUUAAACGGGCAGUUCCCAAAGAGUUAUCUCCUGGCCCCAGUCGUAGUCCCCUUAGUGGAUAUAACUAUGGUCUGAAUAGAGUUAACAGCUUUCUUAAUGGCUACACUCAGGGAUAUACUCCAAGUAGUGUUGGUGGCUAUGGACUUAGGAUGGAUGGUAGAUUUAGUCCAAUUGCUGGUGGUCAAAGUGUGUUUCCUCCUUUCGGUUCUGGUUAUGGAAUGGGCAUGAACUUUGAGCCAGGGUUGAACCCAAGUUUUGGAAAUAGUGCAAACUUUACUAGUAAUAUGAACUAUGGGCGGGGAUUGAGCCCUUACUAUAUUGGCAAUAACAAUAGAUUUGGUAGUCCUAUUGGAUGUGGUGGGACUACUGGAGGUAAUACUUCCUUUUUCAGCUCAGUGACCCGUAAUCUUUGGGGAAAUGGGGGGCUCAAUUAUAACACAAAUGCUGCUAGUUCUGGUGCAUAUAUGGGAUCUGGAAGUGGUAGUAUAGGAGGAAGUUCCUUUGGAAAUAGUGGAAUUAAUUGGGGUUCUGCAAUUUCUAGUCAAGUUGGAGGGAAUAAUGUUUCUAGCAAUAGUGCGAAUUUUGCCUAUGGAACUGGUGAUAAUAGCUUUGGGUUGGGGACCGCAGGGUAUGGGAGAAACAGUGGGACCAAUGUGGCACCAACAUCAUCAUAUGUAGCAUUAAAUGGUGGUUAUGAUGGAGCCUUUGCAGAUAUUUAUGGUGGUGCUUCAGUUUAUGGGGAUACCACUUGGAGAUCAUCAACAUCUGAGCAAGAUGAUUCUGGUUCCUUUGGGUAUGUACUUGGUGGUGCCGCUUCUGAUGUUUCGGGUAAAAGUUCUCCUGGGUAUGUUGGUGGUUAUAGCGUUAAUAGGAGACAAUCAAAUAGAGGUAAGACUUCAUACUUAGCAUCUAAAAUCUCUCUAUAAAUAAUUUUCAGCUUGAGAAAAAUUCAUUGUAAAUGUUUUAAAGAAUCAGUAUUGAUAUUAAUAGGAGUUUAGUAGCACAAUCUUUUUUAAGUGUUUCAGAAGCAGAACGAAAGAAAAUAGUUUCGUACGAGGACUCUUUUAGCUAAUAUUUGGGUUAGGUCUUAAUUUGGCAACACCAUUCCUCUUAGUGAUAUGAUCUUUCAUUUCUUAGUAGCUGCAUGACGUGCUUGCUAGUUUUAGAAGAACCUUCUCUGUCAAGAUUGAUAUACAACUUUCUGUACAUAAUGACCAUAUGAUUCAUUCAUUAAUUAAUUGAGUGUAGUUGUGUAUAUUAAA